AAAGGAAGAAAAUGAGAACAAGCGAUUAGAUAGCCUAACUAUGCAGAAAAUCCAUGAAGAGGAGAGACAAGAGAAAAACAAGCAAUUCACCCUUUAUAAGCUCAUGGAAGAGAGAAAAGAAAUGGUGGCCAACCAGGUCCAGGCUCAUCAGCUUCAUAAAUAAACUAAAUGACCAAGAAAAGAGGAGGUAUGAAAAAUAAGUUAGUCUCAGAUCUUAAGCAAAAGAUAGAAGCUGAGAAGGAAAAGGAGAGAGAGAAGAAGAAAUUUCAACGAAAUCUCUAUGCUAAAAUCCAUGAAGAAAAUGAAGUCUUAAAGGCAAAGCUUCAACAAGAUAAGCUCAAAGAGAUGGAACGGGAUAAGAAGUUCAUCGAAGAUUAUAACAAAAUGAUCGAAACUCAAGCGACCAAGAGAAAGCAGGAAAGAGAAGAACGUAAUAAUAAGAUUAAAGCCAGAAUGGAAAUCAUGGGUGGUAAGAUCCUCAAAGACCAAGGCCAGAAGGACAAAGAACAUGAGAUGCUCCUUCUUAACGGUAUCAAACUCAAAGAAGCAAAGGAGAAAUCCAAGGAAAAUAAAAAGAUGAUGAUUAUGAAGCGGGACCAAACCGAUUUAAGGAACUUCUUAGCAACUCAGGUCGAAGAAAAGCAUAAAAAAAAGGAUCUCGAGCAACAAAAGAACAAGUGGUUUGUUGACCAGGAGCUCAAGCAAGCAAUGAGAGAAAAAGAGGAGGAUAAAGUUAAACAGCAACAAAGAAAGAAAAGGGAGAUAGAAAAUAGUCAAUUCAUAGCUAGCCAGAUUGCCGCUAAGAAUGACCCCAAGGACAGCAGCUCUAUAGGCAGAUGUGGAGCAAGAGGCAUGAAUGCUGAAGAAUAUUUGCUAAAUAAAAAACUCCUGAUGGAUAUAAGCAAGAAGAAACAGGCAUAUAAACAGGAGCUCUUUAGCACGAGUAUUUAA